GAGGUGAUGGAGGGCUCCCAGAAUUUACGACAUAGACUUACGCAGCAUGAUACUCUAACCGCCAGCCCAGACUUGAAGACAGAAACUUUCCUGGAGGGCUUGGAUGACCAGCUGCUGUUGCUCAGAGCUGUGCCUUGUUCCAUGCAACAGAAGCGUUUCCUCAGACAGCUGAAUGCCUCCACAAGGAGAGAGGCGUCUAUUUGGGUUGCCUGGCACCAAAGACAAUGCAGGGCCUACAAGCAACUUCGAGAAGGCAUCUGGAACCUUGCCAGGAUCUGUCAGCUCUGGAAGGGCUCUCUGGAUGAGAUUGAGGGGAUUUUUGGCCCAGGUAUACAGUCCUAUUUCAGUUUCCUGAAGUUCCUGCUUGUUAUUAACUUCCUGGCUGGGCUGCUCAUCACAUGCUUUAUACUGCUGCCAGUUACCAUCUCCCACGGCACAACCAGUUUUCUGAAGGGGCCCGGUGCAGAGCUGGAAUGCAUGAACUACAGCAGUGACAUCAGUCAUAGAUCAUCCUGGCAACACCUCCAGGACAUCUUCACUGGGGAAGGCUAUUUGGAGCAUUCCUACCUGUUUUAUGGUGCUUAUCAUGGAAAACAGGACAACCACCACCACUAUAAAGUACAUUUAGCCUACCUGCUUAGCAUCCUGGGAUACCUCUUUGCUAUCUUCCUCUGGAUACUCCGACGGAUUAUGGCCAGUUUGGUGCAAUGGCUGAUGCUACGAUGGGAAUUCAAACGAUACAACAGUGCCAGGAUCUUCACAGAAUGGGAUUUCUGCAUCCAAAGCCCUGAGUUGGCUACCCUCAAACAGAGGAGUAUUUACAAUGGCUUGAAGAUUGACCUGGCAGAGCAGACCCGGCGUCUGCAGAAGCAACAGCGGACAUGGAAACAGCUGAGUCAGCUCUAUCUGCUGCGCUUGCUAAUUAAUGGUGUCAUCUUGCUGAUGAUGGCUGCUGCUUUCUAUUGCAUUCACUUGGCCACAGAGGUUUCCCAGCAAGACGCUUUCAGCUCUAGUGUGGUGAAACAGUACCUGCCACCCUUGGUCAUCUCCAUAGUGAAUGUUCUCCUGCCUUUCCUUUUCCAUGCUCUGGCCCAGUUGGAGGGCUGCUCUCCCAACACCAAAGUUAACCUCACCCUAGUCAGGUCUGUGAUUCUGAAGCUGUCCAGCCUGGGAAUGUUCCUGUUCUUUCUGGGCCAAAGGGUCCUGUGCACAGGGAGCAGAAAUGCUCCCCAGUGCCAGCCAUGUGGUUACAACAAACUCUAUCAGUGUUGGGAAACUCACAUUGGACAGGAGAUGUAUAAGAUGACCGUCUUCAGCUUCUUGACCACCUUGGUAGUUGCCUUCCUUAUCAGUCUGCCACGGAGGCUGUUGGCUAAGCAUUCAUCCUGCGCAUUGACUCGCUGGCUUGGCAAAGAGGAAUUCCUGGUGCCUCAUAAUGUGUUGGAUAUCGUUGCAGCUCAAACAGUCAUAUGGACUGGGAUCUUCUUUUGUCCUCUCCUGCCUUUGCUUGGAUGUGUUGUCAUUUUCCUUACGUUUUAUAUUAAAAGGUACACUGUGUUCCGGAACUGCCAGCCUUCAACUCAGCUGUUUCGAGCAUCCCAUUCUAAAUUCCUCUUCCAGAUUAUGCUACUACUAGGCCUAUUUUUGGCCUGCAUGUCUCUGGGUUAUGUCAUCAGCAGUGUCCACCCAUCCCAUUCCUGUGGGCUGUUUGCCAACUAUUCAACUAACUGGCAGGCAGUGCCUAAAGCUAUGUCCCACCUACCUACCUCAGCACGGCUUGUUUUGGAUUAUGCCACAUCCAACGUCUUUUGUUUCUUACUCUUGAUGCUGCUCAGCCUCAUCCUCACCAUCUAUGUUUCUCAAGCACAAGCAAAUAGACAAGAGAUUGAAAGGCUCAAGAGGCAACGAGUACAGUGCAUCCAGGGAAAAUGGCGCCUGGUAAAGAAACUGGCAUUGCAGCUAGUGAAUCUUCCAUGAGUUUGGUGGGGAAGUCCUCAAGAGGAAAGAAACUUCUUGUGAAAGGUCUAUAGUGAUAUGAACACAGCAGGAAAAUUUGCCUUGCUUCUGAGGAGUAA